CAGCUGGCGCGUUGGGUGUGUGUGAUUGAAGUUAGGAAAUGCGCAGCGCUUAACCUUGCAAGCAAAUCCCAGUAGAAGAAAACAAAUGGAGGUCUCAGGAGUCCUAAGCCGCACCUCUACUUUUUCUUCACUAACAAAACCAAGAAGGCUACCCACACCCACCAUCUCUCACACAAAUCUGGUGCCCACGCGCAUUCACUACCCUAACCCAAUCUUCUCAUCAACUCCUUUACUAAUGGAUUUCCAUACUACUACCACCACAAAACCACUUGCCACUCCACUUCAGGCCAACGGUUCCUCUCUAACCACCUCUUCUCCCAUCGAAUCCGGAAGCGCUCGGAUUGGGGAAGCGAAGAGAGUUACUAAAGAGACAAAUGUGUUUGUCAAGAUUAACUUGGAUGGAACUGGAAUUGCUGAUUCUUCUACUGGCAUCCCCUUCCUCGAUCACAUGUUAGAUCAACUUUCUUCCCAUGGGCUUUUUGAUUUGCAUGUGAGGGCAACUGGCGAUAUUCACAUUGAUGAUCAUCACACUAACGAAGAUGUUGCCCUUGCUGUUGGAACUGCUUUGCUGCAGGCGCUUGGGGAUAGGAGAGGGAUUAAUCGGUUUGGUGACUUCUCAGCUCCUCUUGAUGAGGCAUUAAUACAUGUUUCCUUGGAUUUAUCUGGCCGUCCAUAUUUAGGUUAUGAUUUGCAAAUUCCUACUCAGAGAGUCGGAAAAUAUGACACUCAGUUGGUGGAACACUUUUUCCAGUCAUUGGUGAAUACUUCUGGGAUGACGCUGCACAUUCGGCAGCUUGCUGGAAGAAAUUCUCAUCAUAUUAUUGAGGCAACCUUCAAAGCUUUUGCCAGGGCACUUCGACAAGCUACAGAAUUUGACCCACGUCGCCUCGGGACCGUGCCAAGCUCAAAAGGGGUUCUGUCACGAUCGUAAUGCUUCAUUAUUACUUUAUGGGUGGUUGAAAUUUGUGUAAAGGUGCUGUGACAGUGGAUGCAUUGUCUUCAAGCGUCCUCCAUGGGAUCUAUUUUGGUGAUCUCUACUAGUUUGUGGUUUUGAUAAUCAGCUGAGCACCAUAUAUAUAAGAUAAAGCAAAAGUGGUGUUGGUAGGCAGACUACUGUUCUGCUGAUGGCAGUCCAAUAUGGGGUCGGAUAUUGUGAAUGAUAGACUACUGCCCAUAUGGUUAGCUGUAUUAUGAACUUGUAAUGAAUUGAUGUCGUAGUAUUUCAAACGUUGUUUUCCUCCCGUGGCAUAGGGAAAAAGAGGGAGCAGCGGGGAGGAGGGGUAUUUGUCAACAAUAAAUGGAGCUCAUACUUGUUAUUUGUUUUUAGCACCUGUCACUUUACUGAAGCUUCUUGGUUGUGGCCACUGACGAUUGCACACUGAGAACUCUGAACUGUGGCCUGUGGGGACUUGAUUUCUAGCGAUUGCCAAAUUAUUACUCUGCGCUUUAUUCCAUGGCACAUGAAGUGAAUUUGAUAUAUUGUCUGUCUUGAAUAGGAUGCAGUACCUUUGCUCUAGUCAUAUGAAAUGCCUACGUUAUUUAAA